AGUGUCAAUGAAGGCAGCAGUAAUCGCACCGAUCGCCCGUUCUUUACCGGUAUGUCUGAGGACGCCUUAUUAAACUUUAAAACCCGAUGAAAUGAAUGAAAGGUCAAUUAAACGUCUGCUGCUGUUAGCUUAGAUAUAGUUAGAAGUUUAGUUGCGUUGUUUUCAAACGUUUUCUUGAACUGCGCCGAGUUACAUGAGAAAUGUGCGGCAGAUAAACUGCGUCUCUUUUUGUCCGAAAAACAUCAGAAUUGUCACAACCGGACUAUUUUUGAAUUAUAGUUAUUAUUUUGUAAAGACAAACAGGACGCAAGAUGUUCGAAAGUACAAGGAUAUUACUCAUCCUUCUGGAUGUUACAUGUCUUAUCCUCGUGGGACUUCCAUUUUUUAUUCUGACACUUCAACACAACCCAUUCAAACGAGGCUUCUUCUGUGAUGACGAAUCGAUCAGAUACCCUCUCAGAGAUGACACCAUCUCCUACCAGCUGCUGGGUGAAGUCAUGAUCCCCUUCACACUGAUUGUUAUCAUUUGUGGUGAGUGCCUUUCCGUCUACAUGUCUCAAAUAAAGCACCAAUCUAUGGGGAGCUACUAUGUGUCAUGUAUCUACAAAGUUGUGGGAAGCUACUUGUUCGGAGCUGCUGUCAGUCAGUCUCUGACUGACAUCGCCAAGUACUCCAUUGGCCGCCUGCGACCAAACUUCCUGGCUGUGUGCAAACCAGUCUGGGAUCAAAUUAACUGCAAAGCUGGGGGCUAUAUAGAGAACUUCACCUGCACUGGAGACAAGUUUCUAGUUGAAGAGUCAAGAGUGUCCUUCUACUCUGGUCAUUCAUCCUUCUCUAUGUACUGCAUGGUGUUUCUUGUACUGUACAUCCACGCAAGGUUGAGGUCACGAUGGGCGAGGCUUUUGCGUCCCACCAUCCAGUUCUUUCUGAUUUUAGCAGCUCUGUACGUGGGGCUGUCCCGGGUGUCUGAUUACAAACACCACUGGAGUGAUGUGUUCACGGGCCUCCUGCAGGGAGCUAUAGUCGCUAUUCUCACAGUUUUCUUGGUGGCCAACUUCUUUGCACAGCCAGUUGAUGCAGUGGUGUCACAGGACGAAGCUUCGCACACCAGUUUACAGGAAAACCCUUCCAACGGGAACCACUAUGGCAGCACCGACUGAAGCUGAGCUAUGUGUUAUCAGACCACAAAGAAGACCAAAGAUUUCUGACCAGCGCAUCAGUGAACUCAGACGGUUUUGCUAUUAAGUGCUGAUUGAUUCUGUUUCUUCACCGCGGUGCACCCCAAAGUCAUCACUGCAGCCUGCAUGCUUGAGCUGCUAAUGUUAUGUGGUCGUCACACUUCUAAGUGCACAACACUAAA